AUGUUGCUGGCGCGGGUAGCAGAAUUGAUGAAUUGUCCUCUGUACACAUCAGAAUCCGGGACGGUUCGCGAGAAGGGGGAGAUCAUUCAACGGUGGCUCUCCAAUCCUCAGCAACCCGUGAUCGCUGCUACGUCCGCUCUCGGGAUUGGAUUUGAUUACCCUCACAUUCGAUGGGUCAUUCACCUCGAUGCUCCAGAGCGGGUGACGGCUUUCUCUCAAGAAUCCGGUCGGGCGGGACGCGAUGGGAGGAAAGCUUCCUCCAUCAUCUUGUUAAAUUCGACUUGGAGACCUCAACGUGAUACCUUUCUUCCACCCGAUCAAGCUACCAUGCAACUCUACCUCACUCAACAAUAUUGCUCACGUGGCGUCCUCAGUCAAUUCCUCGAUCGGCCUUCGGAUUGGCGUUGGUGCAUGUCAAGUGAUGAGGUCUGUCAAGUGUGUAGGGAACCUCAUGAGGAACCUCGCCCCCCUCAUUUGAUAUACACUUUAAAUCCAUCUACUAUAGAAAUUGAAUCCACUGGCCCUCGAGAGAUUCACACUCAAGAUUUUCGACAGGAUCAAAUCCUCGAUCGAUACGAGCAGGAUCUCCUAACCUUUCAGGAUUCUUGUCUCUACUGUCGAAUUCACCAUCGUCGCUUCGAUCACCUCUCUUCACAAUGCUCUCGAAGAUUUGAUUGGAUUAAUGCUAAGGGGGAAGCUCUACAAGCGUGCCAAUUUGACGAGAGAGAUUGGAUGCCACGAUACAUCGUGUGUUGGAAUUGUUAUCAACCCACAAGAUAUCUGUCGAGUGGCCGAUCCUGA